ACAGCAACAAGGUGGAGCAAUGAAGUCUGUGUGGCCGUCUGCAUUGUUUCUCUCGCUUCUUUGCACUGGAGCUCUGGGUUUUGAGAUUCUGCCAGGCAGUUCUCUGACUCACAAGAAAAUCACUCAGCAGGCCCUGUUCAAUGUAACUGUGCAGGUGUGCCGAGCACUUGCUAAGGCUGAAGGGACAGAUUUCACCUUCCCUGCACAGCCGUUCACCACACAGGGUGUUGCUACAGCGUGUGGUGCACCACGGUCAUCUAAAACUUUCAGUGAAGCCAUUGAGGACAUCGUAAACAGGAAUGUGCGUGUGGACAUCCUCUAUGCCUUGAAACCCAGCUUCCACUUUGAUGAUGAAAUGUUUGUUCAAGGAAAGAAAAUCAUCAUAGAGGGAAUACAGGUGGUCAAAGCAAGCAACAAGCUGGAGAAUUAUGAGGCAGCGAGGGAGAACCUGGGAGAAAUUCUGCAUCCUUUGCAGGAUUUCUACAGUCACAGCAACUGGGUAGAACUGGGAGAAAAAAGCCCCAACUCCAAUCUAAUCAAAUCUGGCGCCAGCAUUGGGAACAUAGCAGCUAAGAGCAGGGCAACCUGCCGCAGCUGUGACGGCAACAACUGCAGGAACAACAUUUUGGAGGAUAUCAUAGCGGAGAAGAUCCUGACGUCUGGAUACUUUAGUCUCACGUCUCUAUUUGCAACAAAACCAAAGGGAAAAUGCAGUCAUGGAGGGAUAUUGGAUGGGACACGUGAGAUCGAGCCUACAGGUGGGAUCAACAAAGACAAAGAGAGUUCCAACCACGGAUAUCUCCACACUCAAGCUGCAAACAUUGCAAUAGCUGCAACCAGUGAGCUUCUAGAGGACAUUCGAGGGGCUGCCGGUGACAGACCAUUCUUGCAGAUGAUGGGUCUCUUUAAAGGAUCCAGUAAAGCUCUUUGUUUUGUCAUCGACACCACAAGCAGCAUGAAGGAUGACAUUGCAACAGUGAAAACUGUCACUUCCACUAUAAUCAACCGCAACGUGGGAACAGCCAAUGAGCCCUCGCUGUACAUUCUUGUACCGUUUAAUGAUCCAGGCUUCGGACCACUGACAAAGACGACAGACUCAGCAGUUUUCCAGAAUGCGAUUGAUUCUCUUGUAGCCACUGGUGGAGGAGAUCCAGCGGAGAUGAGUCUCUCAGGGCUUCAGCUGGCUUUAAGCACUGCUCCAUCGAAUUCCGAGAUCUUCCUUUUCACGGACGCAGCCGCUAAAAACAAAAACCUGAAGAGCACAGUGAUCGCACUCAUAGAGAGGACCCAGUCAGUGGUCAACUUUAUGAUAACUGACACUUCAUCAGUCAAUAGUCGGAAGCGGCGUGCUCCAUCCAAUAGGAUAGCAGAAGCUGACGCUCAGCUGUACAGAGAUCUGGCUCAGGCUUCAGGAGGCCAAGCUAUUGAAAUCACAAAGAGUGAACUUCCUCAGGCCACAGUCCUCAUAAAGGAGUCCUCCAACGCCUCUCUGGUGACCCUUCUUCAAGCAGCCAGGAACCCAGGAAAGGCUGAAAGCUUCACUUUUAUGAUUGACGACUCGGUAACAAAUCCUACAGUUUACAUUACUGGGAAAUCCAUCACUUUUACUCUCAUCAGUCCCACAGGUGAAUCUCAGGGGAGCAGUGACACAACGGGGUCACUGAUCAUUACAUCCCAGUCGGUGGGAAACUUCCAGUCACUGCAGCUAAAAAAACAAACUGGGAUAUGGGAAAUGAGAAUAGUGUCAAGUAACCCCUACACUCUGAAGGUCAUAGGUCAGAGUCCUAUCGACUUCUUCUUUGACUUUGCGGUGGUGUCACAGGGCCCUUUUGGAGGAUUUGAUACCCUGGAAACACGUCCCAGUGCUGGUGGCAAUGGCAGCCUGUUGAUGUCUUUAACGGGAAGUGACACUGCGUCAGUGACAGAAGUCACUCUGGUUGGAUCGUCUGGGUCAGAGGUGAUUAAAGGAGUCUUGGUGCCGCAGAAUAAUUCAAGAGUCUUAGUUCAGGUUGGCAAGUUUCCAUCAGGGGACUUUGUGGUGCAGGUGAAGGGACAAGCUGAUAGUUUCACCUCCAAGGCUUUAAUACUCUUCCAGAGACAGUCACCAACCAACUUCAGAUCAUCAAAUCUGACGAUGAAUGCUAAUCCAGUGACCAUCAUAGUACCUGGGACGCCAUUUUCUGUGCCCUUCACUCUGACGACGAGUGGAACAAGUGGAAACUUCACAAUUCGAUCCACCAACAGCAGAGGGUUCGACUCUACAUUUCCAACCAGUAUGUUCCUGGAGCCUGGAAUCACUGGUAAUGGCACAGUGACCCUCUCAGCACCUCUAAAUACCCCAUCUGGAACUGACGUCACCCUGGCCAUUGAGGCCGAGGCUCCUGGGGGCACAGACAGUAACUACAUUGUGUUGCGCUUCUCCGUUCUUAACACGGUGACUGAUUUCACUCCACCAGUGUGCGAGCAGCUCAGCCUGCAGACCAACUGCUCCGUUAACUGCAGCAUGAGGAUGUGGGAGGUCUCUGCCCGGGUGACUGAUGGAGCUGACGGGACGGGCGUUGAUCUUGUCACACUCAAGCAGGGAAAUGGGACCAUAAAAACCACCCUGGAUUCAAGCAACGAGAACAUAACACUGGUGUACUACAGUGCAUCCUGCUGUUCACCUGACAUGGAGAUAGAGGUUGUGGAUCGUGUGGGUAAUGUAGGCACCUGCUUAUUCAGUGGACAUAAAGAAUCCACCAAACUCACUCAGUCACCCUCAUUUUGCCUCAGUGUUGUGAUUGUGGGACUCCACAUUCUGACAAAAAUGGGCAUCAAAUGACCCCAUGUCAGUGUGGUACAACUUUAAGUUGUAUAUUUAUAAGUCAUAUCAGUUUUAUUUUGACACUGAACUACGACUAUGUCAGCUAUGGAGGAACUGAUAGAAACUUACGCCUUGUAAUAUUUUACAGCACUGUGCAAAACUCGUAUGCCACCCCAAAUUUCUUAAUAAUUUGCUGCCUUUCUUGUAAUUCACUUUUAUCAAGUGGUCCUGGUUAGUAGCUCUCCAGGCUUUCUGAAAGCCUUUCUGAAAGUUUUUCUUUGGACAUUGGCUGCCUCUUCACUCAUUUUCAGUUCAGUCCUUGUACCUGAGCAUUUUCUUUCUGGUCAAGCCAAUUAACACUAACCUAAGAGUCAAUAAAAAACAUAAGAAUGACACCAGAUAACCUAUCAAAGAAUUAAAAACACAGAUUUUGAUCCCAGUUCUUUAUCCAAAUCAACAAAAAUAAGAGAGAUAUCACAGUUUGCCAGGCUUAAAAAGAAGUUGUGCACUGACAACUUGAGGCCCAGACCUGAACAUUAUUGAAGCAGUGUGGGAUCAUGUGGGCAGAGAACAGAAAAAUGCAGCCAACAUCCAAAGAAGAGCUUUUAAUAUCUAAGAAGCUAAGAAGUCUGCAGAACUGUUAAGACUACUUAAAGAAAUUAGGAGAAGCUUCAGGCUGUGUUGAAAAAUAAAAGUGGUUGUACCAAAUAUUCACAUUCCAUUUAUGUUUGCACAUAAAUCAAUAAAUCACUGCAUCUUUUUCCUAUUUUUGUAGCAAAGUAUAAAGAAAUGAGGCGGUGGCUCAAGACUUUUGCAGGACCGUAUAUAUUUUCCAUAAUUACCCAUUUUAACAUCAUUUGUCUAUGCUGUGUCUCAUCUUUUUGGGGGGGGAUUUCACUCAUACAUACAGCUUCAUAUCUUAAAACACAGAUUUCUUAGCUAAUAUGAGUACUGUUACAAAAAGAGGAAUUGUGAUGUAUUUAAUUAUCUUUCUGUUGUGAUGCUUUUUAAUUUGUAAUUUUGUGUUAAUGACAAAAAUUGAACUAAUAAUAGAAAGUCAAACUUUUGUCCUAAGCUGGGAAUUGAAGGAUAUGCUCUAAUUUAUACUGCCCACUUUCCACAUAACAGAACAAAGGUAAACCGGUGUUUGUGAUGCUCUUCAAGUGGCAAUAAAAAUUAUAACGGUGCAAAUGAAGCAACAAGAAAUGAGUGAGUCAAGCAUUAAAAAAUCCCUUUUUAUUGUCGUCAUAAUGUGUUUAAUGUAUAACCUUUACACAACACAAAGUGUUUCUCCUUUAAUAUUUUGCUACAUUUUCUUCUCCGUUUUUCUUUUAUCACUAUUUACAUAUAAAAACAUUUUCUUAACAUUAUUUAAAUAAACUGGUCAUCUACCACACAGGGGGUUGAAAUGUCUCCUGGUUUGUUUGUGUGUCUUUUUGGUUAUGUGUAAGCGCUUAGUGAUGGUACAAGCAUGUUUACUGCAGCAGCCCGAUUCCAAGCCAGCCCCUACACACUCUCACUCCGCUUCAAGGGUCUCCUGCAUUAAAUGCCUUUUCUUUUUUUCUAAACUGAUUUAGUUUUGGUGAGGUCACAAGGCCCUCGAGUAAAGACUCUACAUCAGCGCACAGCCAUCUCAGAUCAGCACCUGUUUCAUGUCUGGAACAGAGGAAAAAAAUACCAACAAAUACUAACUGCUUCAGUAAUGCAGCAUCUGAAGGUCUUUUGCAUGUCUGUAGCACAAUAAACACAGACAAAAGAAAUAAUUUGACAAAUGUACAUGAUGAACGUGAACUCAAGCUUAAAAAAAUGUUUAUUUGUGCUUUUCACAUUUUUAACUUUUUUCCCAGAGUUUCCUGUAAAACACUUUUUCCUCAAAAAGUGCUUUAUACAUAAAAUUACUAUAAAGUAUUAGGAUUUUGAUGUUAUAAAGAUUAUUACAAAAGAAACAUAAGAAAAUAUGGAAGCUUGUUUCUGCCACUAAUUUUUGUUUUUAUGUGAUUGUAUUAAUCACUCCAGAUGCUGAUUUGAGGGGAAAUGUCUCUGUUAAUGUUCCGUUGUAACUAUGAGACCCUCCAAA